UUACUCUAGAUGAUGAUUUGGAUCCAGUUCGAUUUGGCAUUUGUUUUUGUCCCCUUUUUCAUCCGGGAAGGAAACUUCGCGUCCCGUUUUUACUGCUCGCGGCGUGAGUUUCGCGGAGCUUUCCCUGCCGAAGGAAGGAAGGCGACUGUUCUUCUGGGUUUGGGAAUCGGGAGGUCUGUGGGUUUUGCCUCGUCUGGGAAUCGAUGAUGGGCAUGCGCGCUAAAGUACUAAUUUGGGUAACCGAGGUCUGGAAAAUGCGCGCAGGUUUUUGGACCCCUGUAUAGGAGUAGCAGAAUUUUCUGCUUGUUUUUGAAGCAGGUUUCUGUUUGAAUGUCUUCAUGAGUCAGCUCACGAGCAGCACGAGUUUUUUCAUUAAUUGUUAUUUGUGGCGAUAAUGUUCGAGCUAUAUAUAGAUCUCAGGACACUUGGAAGUUCGAAUUCAAAUGCCAAUAUUACCAGCAAUUAUAUCACGAAAUAAUACCAAAGACUGAAGAGAAACUGCAAAAAAAGGCCCGACACGUUUAUAGUAUAUUUUUCCAUAAUAUCCUGCGAGAACAGCUCGGGAAACUUCUCUGAAAAACACCCGCACUCCGGCCCGGCCUCUUCUUCUCCCCUUCCCCCUUCCGUCCCCCCCACAGCCUCAAUUGGCCUUCGCCGCCGCCUUUGUUCCACCCAAGCACGCGCGCCACCUCGGUGGUAUCGCCCACGUCCUCGCCCGCUCCACUGACCUGGCCUGCCGUGGAGUCGAGAUCUGUCCGUACCCGGGCUCGGAUUGAUUUUCCCUCGGUUGGUGGCGAACCCUAACUUGCUUGGAUUGUUACUCGAGUCUUGUUCUGGUUUAAUCUUCCCACCAAUCCAUCCACUCUCUGACGGAUUUAUUUGCUGCGCGGGGGAGUACGGAUAGAAAUCGUAUACUACUUAUGUUCAUUUGAUUGCAGAAAUUGAUGAAGCAAUUGGACGAAUCGAGCAGAUCGGUGAGUGUUUGAUGCGUGCGAUCGAGGGCUCGUGCAGAGAUGGACGUGGUGGGGAUGGUGGGGCGCGGGGUGGGGCGUGUCCUCUCGCAGGGCAUGUACUCCGUCGCCACGCCCUUCCACCCUUUCGGCGGCGCCGUCGACAUCAUCGUGGUUGAGCAGCCCGACGGCUCCUACCGCAGCACGCCCUGGUAUGUCCGCUUUGGCAAGUUCCAGGGUGUUCUCAAGCGUAACGAGAAGGUCGUCACCAUCGCCGUCAAUGGCGUGGACGCCAGCUUCCACAUGCUGCUCGACAACUCUGGCCAGGCUUACUUCAUGCGGGAGCUCGUGCCUGGCGGUGAGGACUCUGAAACCGCUGCAGAAGAAGCUACGAGCGAGCCUGAAACUCCUCUGCGUAGUAAGAGUGACGGGGAACUUUACAGCCAGUUGGUCGGCCCAGAGUUGAAUGAGGACCAGGAGGAACAAAAUGGAGAGGAGUUUGAUUCAUAUGGCUAUUCCAAGUUGGAGGAGGCAGAAGAUUUGGCAAAUCAAGCUGGUGGGGGCAAUUCAGAGAUGCUUUUGGUUAGUGUGAACGGGUGUGUUCUAACUGCUCCCAUUUCUUCAACUGAGGAGAAUAUGGAGAAUGUGCAACUAAGUGACCCGCAGUUCCAUUUGGGGCCUGGGGAGAGCUCGAGUGGCGACCUCAGCCGCGGUGGCGAGGUGUGGGAAUCUGGCAUUUUGGAUGGUUUAUACAUAUCACAGGAAAAGGUUAAGUUUGAUUCUGAACAUCCAUCAGAGGCUUUGGAGGAGCUUCGGGAGGUGUCAAUUUUGAAGGAUGGGUCACAUGACAUCCCAGUUAAUGAACAUGAAAGCCUCCAUGUCUCUGUUAAUGAAGGCCAGACCUGUGUUGCAUUGACCAAUGCUCUUGAUGUGUCGGUGAACAAUGAUGAUGCUUAUCAACCAUUGACCAAUGAAGACAAGACUUGUGACAUUCCACUGGUUCAGAGCAACUGUGCUGCAUUGACCAAUGAAGACGAGGUUCAGAGUGUGCUACCACGGUCAGAGAACAAUGGACUGAAUUAUCAACCUUUGGUCGUGGAAGAUGAAGGUCAUGAAGUUUCAGGGAACAAUGGUGAGGGCUAUCAACCCUUUCCCAAUAAAGAUGAAGCUCUUGACGUGUCGGAGAACAAUGAUGAUGCUUAUCAACCAUUGACCAAUGAAGAUGAGACUUGUGAUAUUCCACUGGUUCAGAACAACGAGGCCUGCAAGUCCCCAUCCAUGGAAGGCAAGGUUUGUGAUGCCAACAAUGAGAUUAUUGAGGGUGAGAAUAUUCAGGCUAGUUUUAGCAGAUAUGAUACUUUCAGAAGUUGCUUGGAUUUGACAUCACAAGAUGAUGGAGAUUCAGGAACUGAACUCUUUUCACCUGAAUUUGAUCACCAGAGGGAUCCUGAGCUUAGUCUGAGUAUCCGUUCCGAUGUUGACAUAGAUCUGGGAGAAGAUGGAAGUGAAACUGCGGACUGUGAUCCAUCCAAUCAAUUAAAGCAUAUAGAGGAAGUGGAUGUUUCAUCAGUUACUUCAGACGAUAAUAUAACACGCAGCGAAGGCUGCUCUCCUGUCUAUGGCAAGGCAGCUGACUUGUCCUGUGAAGGGGGUUCUGAUGACAGGAGCAAAGAUACCACCCCUUCUAAUAUUGCUGCUAGUAAAUCUGAUCGCUUGCGAAUGUCCCCAAGCAGUGACAGAGACAAAUUAGGAAGCAUUCCGGAGAACCCAACUGCUGAAGAGGAAAUAAAUAAAGAAGAGCACCCCCAUUUACAGAAGGGUUUGGGCUUUGAGAUUUCUCUGUGUGGGCACUUGCUACGGCCAGGAAUGGGCCAAACAUCCGCUGAUGAAGUGUUCCAGCAAAAUCUUGUCCCUGAGGAGGAUUUCAAAUUGUCUGGACCAUCAAUAAUAAAAAAUGCAAACCUUAUUGUCAGAAUUGGCUGUAACUAUUUCUCAUGGAGUAAAGUUUCUCAUGUUGUUCUUGGGAAGGCUGUAUUUGGUCCAGACUUCUGUGUAGAACCUAUCGAUGCUAUUCCAGUUGAACGCCAAGAAACACCCAAUUCGAGAGAUGAUUCUCUUGGGUUGUCCCCAAGCCGGAGAUGGAGGCUGUGGCCUAUUCCAUUUAGGAUAUCAAGAUCUCUUCAACGCAGUAAUAGUGAUUCUUCUGAGGAUAUUUUUCUUGACACAGAGACAGUCUUAAGUCCUAUGGACGAGCAAGCCCCAGCCAACAAUAAAGACCAGUCACCAAGAAAGCAAUUUGUGCGGACUUUAAUUCCCACUAGCGAACAGGUGGCAUCUCUUAAUCUUAAGGAGGGACAAAACAUUGUCACCUUUAGCUUCUGCACCAGAGUUUUUGGGAAGCAGCAGGUUGAUGCACAUAUCUACGUGUGGAAAUGGAAUGCAAAAAUUGUUAUAUCCGACGUGGAUGGAACCAUCACAAGGUCUGAUGUCUUGGGCCAGGUCAUGCCUUUAGUCGGACGAGAUUGGAGUCAGUCUGGUGUUGCUCGACUCUUUUCUGCAAUAAAGGAAAAUGGUUAUCAACUGAUAUUCCUUAGCGCUAGAGCCAUUGUCCAGGCAUAUCUGACAAAAAACUUCCUCUUCAAUCUAAAACAGGAUGGGAAAGUUAUGCCUAAUGGACCUGUUGUAAUUUCGCCCGAUGGAUUGUUCCCUUCACUCUACCGAGAAGUUAUACGAAGAGCACCACAUGAGUUCAAGAUUGCCUGUCUGGAGGACAUUAAAGCACUUUUUCCUUCUGACUACAAUCCAUUUUAUGCUGGAUUUGGCAACAGAGACACUGACGAGCUUACAUACAAAAAGAUGGGAAUUUCGAAAGGCAAGAUUUUUAUCAUCAACCCCAAGGGUGAAGUGGCCAUCAAUAGUUCAGUUGAUGUGAAGUCCUAUACCUCCUUGCAUACCCUUGUCAAUGACAUGUUCCCUCCAACAACUUUGGUUGAGCAGGAAGAUUACAACUCCUGGAAUUAUUGGAAGGUGCCGCUGCCAGACAUUGAUUUGUAGAGUAGUUUUGACAAGUACAGCAGUAGAUGCAAGUAGAGUCUGUGGACAGCAUGACAGGCAAGUUCGUGUACGCUAGUUCUCAAUCGCCACAGCAGAAUUCUGUUCAACCUGUAAAGCAUCUGGUGAGUUUUCCAGAUGGACUGUGUUGAUCGCCGUUGUUGCAGAAGCUCGAUUUUCCUUGCUCCGACGCAGCGCCAUCACGAUCAUUCAUCUUUUAGGUAGUGAUCUGAUUGUCAUGGCCGUCGUUAAAACUUAUCGGUGCUGUGCUGGCAUCUCAAUUCGCAACGAUGUAGCCCGCCGAGCUUGUUUGUUAAUCUGUUGUCAGCAGCUGCUAGACUCUGUUGCUUUCCUUGUUCUUGUAGCUCUAGGCUGUGAUGUCAGUUAGAUUACUCGUGGUACAUUACUGGAAAGCAACAGGGAACAGAAACUGUCAAUCACGCUGUAUGUUGUUGUAUAUGGGAUAUAAAUACGACUGCAUUUUUCUGUAAA